AAUACAUGUAAGGUACCUGAGUAACUGGCGAGUAACUGAGUUCUACAAUCUGCUGUACAUCCUGUCCAAGCCGUAUCCUCAUUUGCGACAACCCCGUUGCCCUCGCACGACGACAACCGCGCCCUCCACCACUGCACUCCGCGCAUAUCGCUAGAAACACACACCUCCACGACACAUUUUCUCAUGGUCGCGCCAUGGCUCGAUUGAACACCAGACCGUCGAGCGUCCGCGGAUCUCGCGCUGCUACAAGUGUCAGUCCUUCACCAACGCCGGAACAGGAGAAUCGCGAUCCUGCUACGCGCCGCGACAAGGGCAAAGGACGCGCUUCGACAGCCUCUAGAACGAGUCUGCCGACGCCAACUUCAGACACGUCUGGCGCGUCAACAGGGCAGAAGAGGAAGCGAGCGCGAACGCAAGCAGGCGCAACACAAGAGGCGGACAUUCCAGAAGACCAGGACCCAGACGACGCAAAGUUCACGCGUUAUUAUGACCCCAAUCAGAAUGCAGACCAGCGCAGGCAGGUCAAGCGCAAGUCGCGUGCUAUGAUACGCGAGCUGCACGAAAACCGCGAUGAAUUGAUGCGAGGUAAUGGCGACGGCCUCAAGGCGAAGCUCGAUGAAGCCAACCAGAAUUUCAAGCGCGUCAAGCAGACUGCGGAUGCAACAAUGGACGCAAGAUUACUCGUCGAUCUGUCAGCUAUGGCAAAGACACGCGCUGCAAGUAUGAUCCUUGGUGACACUAGUGCUGGUCUGGACGUGGACAUGUUCCUGAGCCGCUGCGUAUACUACAUGAAACAUCUCCACGCGUACGGGUUAGCGGAGGAUGAGGCGGACUUUCAGGCUACGCAAAGACAGACGCAGACUCAACGGCGCAGACGGGACCACGAUGAGGAAGAGGAGGAUGAUGAUGAUAAUCCAGAAGAUCUGAGCUGGGAAGUAUUGGGUCGAUAUGCUUGUUUUCCCUACAACUCACGGCCUGCAUGUCCUUCAUUUUUGCUUGGACCCCUUUCUGUCGAGAAAAAAGUUCGCGUGCAGACGCAACGACGGGCCAGACAGACGCAGAACACUGGGCCCGCGAAAAGUGUCGAAAGGAUCCACAAAGAGGACAUGUCAGCAGCUGAUCCGAAUGCUUUGACGACACAAUGUAAUGCGAUCUACAAGCAUCUACAGAGCCAUUGUACCAAAGCCCGAAAAGCUGCUGAGCGGAUUGAAGCAGAGGAAGGUCCGAUGGACGAGGAUCGUAUUGCAGCUUUCUGCCGCGAGUACAAGGUUACCAAGAACGCUUCGCCGUCACUAUUUGAGUAUGUCAUCAAUCCCGACAGCUUUGGACAAACGGUCGAGAACCUCUUCUACGUGUCCUUUUUGAUCAAGGAAGGCAAUGCUGGUGUGCAAAAAGACGAACAGGGAUUGCCCACGUUAGUACCCAGUCAGGCACGGUCAGUCGAACAACAACGCGCCGAGAAGACAACGAAGAAUCAGUCCAUUUUUUCACUCGACUAUGCGACGUGGGAGAAGCUUGUUGAGGCCUUUGAUAUCACAGAGUCGAUGAUACCGCAUCGCAAUGAAGAUCAGCCCACACAAGUGACCGGAAACGGCUGGUAUGGUUAGCUUACCAAUGAGCUACUGCUUCAGCUUCUAUUCCAGCAUGCGUUGCAGUGCUACUGCAUCAUACGAUCUUUCUAUAUCACGAAAGCACAGUAGCAUACUCGUGUCCAUACCAUCCGUCGAGCAAUGAGCAUCAUAUACGAUAUGGCAUUCGGGGUGUUCAUCAAUCACAAUUAUGACCCCUGCCGGGGUAGCUCAAUCGGUAGAGCGUGUGGCUCUUAGGUGCAACGCAAGUUGAUCAAAGACAACGCAAGUUGGUCAAAGAUAGCGCAAGUUGGUCAAAGACUACACAGGUUGCCCGGUCAAAUGACAACGCAAGCUGAUCAAAGACAACGCAAGUUGGUCAAAGACAACGCAAGUUGACCAGAGACAACCUCAAGGUCGUGGGUGUACGUAUUCCAUCAUCUGGACACUGUUCAUGAACAGUAAGGUAUGGUCUCAGUUGCUGACAUCUCAUUAGUCGAGCCCCACCUUCGGCUAUUCCUAUACAAAUAU